AACAUGUCCUCCUCUGACAGCGUGACCGAGCCAGAGCUCCUCUCUCGCAGUGGUUACACCAUACUGGCCACCAUCAUGGGCGUCUUCUCCGUUUUGGGGGUCAUCCUCAACAUCCUGGUGAUUGUCGUGACGGUGAAACACAAACAGCUGAGACAGCCGCUCAGCUACGCUUUAGUCAACCUGGCUGUGUGUGACCUGGGCUGCGCUGUGUUCGGAGGACUGCCCACGACCGUGACCAACGCCAUGAGGUACACCAGGCUGGGGCGAGUGGGAUGCGUGUUAGAGGGCUUCGCUGUGGCCUUUUUUGGAAUAGCAAGUCUGUGUACAAUAGGAGUGAUUUCCGUGGAGCGCUACAUCGUGGUGUGCUAUCCUUUGGGUGCGGCGCUCUUCCAAACCAGGCAUGCCAUCGCCGGAGUGGUGCUGUCUUGGGUGUGGUCAUUUGUGUGGAACACUCCACCUCUGUUUGGUUGGGGGAGCUAUGACCUAGAGGGUGUUAAAACCUCCUGUGCCCCCAAUUGGUAUAGUCGGGAUCCAGGCAACAUGUCCUACAUAGUUAUUUACUUUUUUAUCUGCUUUGCCGUACCCUUCUCCAUCAUCAUGGCGUCCUACACUCGACUGCUGUGGACACUGCGGCAGGUAAGCAAGCUGCAGGUCGCCGAAGGCAGUCGUACACAUCGCGUGGAGGUGCAAGUUGCACGUAUGGUCGUCACCAUGGUGUUGGCUUUCCUGGUGACAUGGCUGCCGUAUGCCGGCAUGGCUUUAGCUGUCAUCAUGGACUCCACACUGAGUAUUGACCCUCGGAUUGCAACCAUACCGGUCUACUUGGCAAAAAGCAGUACCGUGUACAAUCCCGUUAUUUACGUUUUCAUGAACAGACAGUUCCGGAUGUAUGCUGUUCCAACUAUCCUAUUUGGAUGGAAUCCAUGGGCCUCAGAAGCACAAAUAUCUGAAGGAGACACAAUGGUUGCUUCCAUGACCAGAAUCCAAAAGGUUUCAUCCAAGGGAUCUCUGAAAGAAUAA